AUGAGAGAAAGAGGGCUUAGAAGAAGUAGUCACCUGAAAGGUGAAGACGAGACAUCGGCAAGCUUCGAUACCAACACUACCGUGGCCCUGUGCACAAAUUCCACCGGGAGGGGCCAUUUACCCACAGGAACUGAUGACGUUUCUAGAUGGAGAAACGGAAAACCCAUGAUGGGCCAAACCCCGGAGUCAACGAACGAUGACACGGUAUUUCACCACAACAGAGCACCUCCAUUAUUCUGCUUCAGAAAGAGCAGAAUUCGUCUCAUCGAGCGAACAGCGCCCGCCGAGCCGCGCGGAAAUAGCAUUCCUGAUGAAGUCAGGCAGAUCUGGUACGCAAGAGACACGAGGUUGAGAUGGGAAGUGGGUCCGUUUUGGCUGCAGCGGCUGGAGAUGAAUGAUUGGCCAGGAGCUGCUGACAAAAUCCGACUUGGCGACUUGAGAGGCUCUGCGAUGGCGCCGAGACAUGCCCUGGAAGCUCUCUGGCGAAAGUUAUUACAGUUAUUUCAAACAUCAGAGAAGAAUGACAUCUUGGGACAUCGUGAAGACAUGACGUCGGGUCGAGCACGCAAAAACAGGGAAGUAGCCCUGCCGGCGCCACAGCCAUCAAGCCCGAACGACUACAAAAUAGCUGGCCGCUCCAUCUUUUCGAAGGUUGAGCACCUCCUCUGCAUCGCGAACGGCAUCAGAGGGAGUGUUCCCUUGCGCCCGACAACCUUCGCUAGCUGUGACUUCGUUCACUCGCUCUGCUGCCCUCUCUACGCGUCCUCGGCCGCUAUGGUCCACUUGAGCGCAAGUCCAGGAACAAAGGACACCCACUCAGACAAUUCGCGACAACCACUCGAGGGCAGAGAGUCCAAAAUAACAGUCGCUGGAUUCAGCGCCUUUCAAGCGCGUUGUUUGGGCCUUCUCCAGUCUGACCGCCUGCAAGCAAAUGACUGGUCGCUAGAGCUUGUUCCACAACCAAGGGCGCCUAUUAGGGCCGCUCGCCCAACCCAAAAUCACUUGUUCCAGAAUAGAGCCAUGAUGGACGGUCCCAUUGGUGCCUUGCAGCAGAGCCGCUUUGUUUCAUCAACCUUUGUCGGCUUCCUCGCCCUUUCUCACUCUUCACUUUUCACUCUACACCUAUUCAAAUUUUUCUUUAUUGCAUUCUGCGGCGUCAAUGCAGAUAUUCUUUCCGUACAUAUACUCUCUCUCCAUAUUAUUGGAUUAUUUCUUCUCCAACAACUCCUUGGCUGCUGGCUGCCUCCGAUCUAAUACAUCUCUCAGACCAGGCUUUUCCGGCCAUACACUUCCAUCAUGGCUUCCACAGUAAACCAACAGCACUCCUUCCCGGCCGUGCCUCC